UAACAGCUAACGUCAACAUUAGCAUGUUGCUACCGGAGCGCGCUGACGGUUGUUGACAGACCGGGCCGCCGAGGAGUCAGAAACGACCAACGGUCAACUUUUAAACCUUCAGACCGAGUUUCUCCAGCAUUUUCUGGACAGAACCAACAGUAACACCUGCUCUCGGCGCAUUUUGCCAAGUCACCACCGUCCGAACGGACCCCCCGACGUUAGUAGACUCGGGUCUGUGCGGUGAGAUAAACCACAUGGACCUCAUCCAGGUCUGCUCCUCCCAGCUGUUUACGCUUCAGUCUGUUAUCUAUGAACACGAAGGAGUCUUCAUUCAUCCCAGCAGUGAUGAAGACGGUAUCGAGCAGGAUUUACUCAUCUCAGGGUCGCUUCGGAUUGUUGACAAGGAUGGGGAGAUCAUUGUGGAGUACAGACCUUUGGAAGACACUGUUGACCCGUCCAACAUGCUGUGUGCUGGAAAGGACUCCAGUUCAGUCAUGGAGUGGGCUCAGUGUCCAGGGGAGAGGUCUCACCAGCUGUUAGAGACUCAGCAGAGCUACGAGACAGAGUGGGACAUGGUCAACGCCGUGUCCUUCAAGAAGAAACCCUGCACAAAUGGGGAGGGCUCUCUGAACCACAGCAAUGAGAGGAGCAGGUGGGCGUUCGCCUUCAGCGUCACUGACCUCAGGUCCAUCACAGUCAAGGAGGAAGGUUGGACCUUCCUGUUCUUUAAACUGAAGGAAUCCUCCACCCCCCUCCCUACUCUGCACUUCCACCAGGGCGGAAGCAGAGAGUUCCUGGACAGCCUGAGGAGAUUCGCUCUGCUCAGCGAACCUCCAGAUGAUGAAACGUGUCUGUUGGUCAGCACUCCAAACAAAGCUCUGUCCCAGUCUUUCGAGAACCUCCUGGACGACAACAACUUUGGCCUUGUUCAUCAGAAAUUCAGAAAAGACCCGUAUGUGACCACUCUGGGCAGCUUCUCCAAAGUCACCAAUUACAUAUUUGAUGCUUUCCGGGGGACAGAGGAGCAGCACCAGCGCCCCCCAGAGGAGGUGGCUGACCUUCUGGGUGAAGUUAUCCCAGGACUGGAGAUCAACCAGCAGGAGGAGCCGGGCUUCGAGGUCAUCACCAGGAUCGACCUGGGAACAAGGCCUCAGGUGACGAGGAGGGAGCCUCUAUCAGCAGAGGACUGGACCAAACACCAGGAUCCAGAGGGGAGGAUGAUCAAGAUCCCUCACCUCAAACAAGUCAUCUUUAAAGGGGGACUCUGUCACGCUGUGAGGAAAGAGGCGUGGAAGUUUCUGUUGGGGUAUUUUCGCUGGGACAGCACGCUGGAGGAGAGGAAAGCUCUGCAGAGAAACAAAACUGAUGAAUACUUCAGGAUGAAGCUGCAGUGGAAGUCAGUUAGUGAGGAACAGGAGAGGAGGAACUCCAGACUCAGAGACUACAGGAGUCUGAUUGAGAAAGAUGUGAACAGAACAGACAGAACAAACAGGUUCUAUGAGGGCAUUGCUAACCCCGGUCUGGUUCUCCUCCACGACAUCCUAAUGACCUACUGCAUGUACGACUUCGAUCUGGGUUACGUUCAGGGGAUGAGUGACCUGCUCUCACCGAUCCUCUACGUGAUGGAGAACGAGGUGGACGCUUUCUGGUGCUUUGUCUCCUUCAUGGACCAAAUGCACCAGAACUUUGAGGAGCAGAUGCAGGGUAUGAAGACUCAGCUGAUUCAGCUCAGUACUCUGCUGAGACUGCUGGACUUGGCCUUCUGGAACUACCUCGAGUCUCAGGACUCAGGUUAUCUGUAUUUCUGUUUCCGCUGGUUGUUGAUCAGAUUCAAGAGGGAGCUCAGUUUCCAGGACGUUCUCCGGCUCUGGGAGGUGAUGUGGACAGGUCUGCCCUGUGAGAACUUCCACCUCUUGGUCUGCUGUGCCAUCCUUGACUCAGAGAAACAGAAAAUCAUGGAGGAGAACUACGGCUUCAAUGAAAUCCUCAAGCACAUAAAUGAGCUUUCAAUGAGGCUGGACGUGGAAGAGAUUCUUCAGAAAGCAGAGGGCAUCUGUCUGCAGAUAAAGAGCUGUAAGGAUUUGCCUGACUCCGUCAGCAACAUUUUGGGCUUCGAGACAGACGCUCCCGGCUCUGACCCGACAGAUUCUGGAUCUCCUCUGGCUCCUAGACCAGCACAGCGACAGGACGCCUGCUCCAACGGCCACGGACACUUGAGAGCAACCAGCUCUCACAACAGCUGCAAAGUUGCCUUCAUAUCAUAGUGAACAGCAGAUCCAACCAGAGACUGACUCAGGCGUCAGCAGGACGACGACGACAGCAGAGUGCCACUGCGUCGUCCCAUCCCCCUGAGAAAGAAGAGAGGAAGAAGAAGAGAAUGUAAAAAGGAUUUAAGAUUAUUCAGAAUCUUAUUUUUGUAAUUUCUUGUACCUUACUGUCUCUAUCACUCAAAUAGUCAUUCCUUCUCUCCUAAUGAUGUUUUCUAAAGCACCAUUCAGACAGGAUGAACACCACACAAAUUCUCACCGUGCUCCUCGGUAAUUUAACUCGUGGUUCGGGACGACAUUUUAACCCUGGUGAAUUGACAGGAUCUGGUCUCUAACAGACAUGGACAUUCAGCAGGUCAAAGACAAAGAGAACGACUAAAGUCUUCCCAGGGGGCAAAGACACUGCAUGAGGUGAAUUAGAGGCAACAAUGGUCCUAACUGAGUCAGAUGUGAGCACACUGACAUGAAAUACAUGUUGAUAUGAUUCAGUGUGACGUCCACUUCCUAAAGAUAUCGUGAUCUCUGAUGUCCCUCCCGAAUAAAGCUCCAGAAAUCCACUUAGAAAAGGGGAAAAAGAGGCUGCAGAACUUCAUUCAGAAUCUUCACGUUUUUAGGUUUCCUUUAGUAUCACAGUGACCCAGUGACAGUUGUCUGUACAUCCACGGCUACACUGAGAACAGGAGCUGAUCACAGCUGAUUCAGCAGCUUUUAAUGGACACAGUCUGGCUAAAUGUGAACGGGCUCUUUCUGUC